AUGAACGCACUCGAAGAGCAAUUGCAACUCUUGCGCGAUGCCCUGCCAAUUCUUCUCGACCUCGCAGCAUAUCAUGUGCAGGAAGCCGCUGUCUACAGACUGGCGGACCCAUCGCAACUUGUUGCUCACGAAGUCUUCUACACAAAUCUGCGGUUCGAGCUCCGAGAACUAAGUUCAAAGAUAAAUGCUGCCAAUGUAGAUGUUUCUACAGAAGUAGCGCUUAGAGAGCCGUUAAGAAAGGUACUCGAUGUUCUCGAGAGCCGUGUUAAACCACAUCGAGACUUCCGAUUUCUCAUCGAGCAACAACGUGCAAAUUCAUUACCCUACGAGAGUCUGGAAAAUAUUAUAAAUCUUCGCUCGCGGAGGAAGAGACAUCGAGACUGUUUGAUCGACCGCCUGAAACAGCUCAAUCGUGCGCUGGUAUCGGCAUCAGCGGAGAUACGAAGACGGCCUCCAGGAUCUCCAAUUUCAGUUAUAUCAGCCAUCAAGUCGCGGCAUAUAUGUCGAGUUAGAAGCGACGCGCGAAGUCUAUACGAAGUCUUGAAUGGACGAUGGAGAUGUGAUAUUCAGGAGGAUCAUACGGCAAUGGUCCGUUUAGACGCACACUUUCGGGAAACUGGUGGGACACGAUUCAACUUGUUUCUUGAGACACAUAAUCCCCAUCCAGCUUGGCAGGAAAGUGAGGUCUAUCUCAGAUCCGUAACGACCCCAUCGCAUCGACGACUCGUCGACGACGUUUGUUCCCUUGUCCAAAAGCUGGUCUCAUCCCACCCGUGCCAACUGAAGCUUCACAUCCAACAGGGUUGCCUUUGGAAUGAUUUGAACCUUGGCGACUCCAAUCUUGGUAGAGGAAAUCAGAGCCCAGAACGUUUGAAAGAUCUCAUAGAAAACAGAAGUCUUCCUCUUGUGAAGAGACCUACACCUAGAGACAAACGUCGGCUCCAAGUGUUACUUGCCAACUCGUUUCUAUAUUUCUACCGAAGCGUCUGGGCAGGAAGCAAUUGGGCCAAGGAGCAUAUAUACUUCUGUCGUACCGAACAAUCGGGACUUCUUGAUAUUAACAGACCAUAUUUAUCUGCAAGCUGUGGAAAUAUUGGUAAUGACCAAAAUGUUACCCUACCGACUUUGGAGAUGCGAGUGCAUCCAUAUCCUGGUAUCUUGGCCCUGGGUAUCUCACUUUUGGAAAUCGAGCUGGAUCAUCCAAUUGAACACUAUCGUCCGCUUGACAGCCCAAACAAUGGCGGGGGCGGUUUCUGCAUCGACGCAGAUCGUUCUGUUGCUCGCAAAAUGCUGGAACUUUGCAACGGCCACAGUCCAUAUGACUUUAUGGAUGCUGUUGAUGCAUGCAUCACCGCUGAUACCUUUUCCGAUAUGGUAUUCGAAGAAGGAAUCUCCUUUGAGAAUGAACAGUUUCUUUACAAGAUCUAUGAGUUGAUUGUUGCAAGGCUCGAAGCUGCCCUUAGAAAAGUGUUCAAUGAACCUAUCAGCAGGCUGGAUGAGCUAAUAGCCAACGAGGAAGUUGUGGAAACUUCUCAACUCUUAUACGCCGUGCAAGUUCAUCCUCAUGUGCAUGCAACUGCAUUAUCACCAAGUGAACAACAAAACACCAUACAGGGUUUGGCCAAUGAAGGCUCAGGGGCUGAUGAAUGGUUACGAGAAUUGCACGAUCGUGUCACAACCCCGCUCGUAUCAAGCAUGGCCUCCCAAGCACGCAUAGCGUCAAAGCAGAUCUUCCCAGAUCUAGAAGAUGGUCCUCUCAAAAUAGCAAUACUUGACACGGGGAUUGCACUACCCGAGGAUGGCGAGGCUGCCUACGGGUCCAGAGUCAAGGAUCGCAAGAGCUGGUUGAAUUACCCCGCUGCAUCUACUUUCCAUGCAGAUGACACUGAUGGCCAUGGUACUCAUGCCGCUGGCGUACUGCUCAAAGUGGCUCCAACGUCACAGAUCUUUGUCGCCCAAGUGUUCAGAAAUCGGGCGGAGGCUGAGGUGACACGCACGGAUUCUGUGGUUCACAAACGUAUAGCAGAGGCAAUCACAUACGCAGUUAAAAUUUGGAAGGUAAAUAUAAUCUCCAUGUCCUUUGGUUUUGAUGUGUCUGUGGAGAUCAUUGAAGAAGCAAUUGAGCUGGCGGCCAGGCACAAAAUCAUCAUGAUUGCUGCAGCGUCGAACUGUGGGGGUAAUGGGACUGUAUCAUGGCCAGCUCGCCACAAAGAUGUCCUCUGUAUAUAUGCUACAGACCAUCGAGGAAACCCCUGUAGCUUCACGCCAACGGCUACACCUGAUAGAUACAGCUUUUCUUUCCUUGGCGAAGCCGUAAGAUCAUACUGGCCAGCUCAUUUGGAGCCCAAGGACGUUGGUACAACUACAAAGUCGGGAACCUCGACCGCAACUGCAAUUGCUGCUGGCGUUGCAGCCCUCUUCCUAGAAUACAUCAGAUACGCACUUGACAAAUGGGACCACAAGUUGUCAGAGGAGCAGGUGCGCGUGUUCAAUAAGAUAAGGACAACGGAUGGAAUGAAGAAAGCAUUUAAGAGAAUGGCGCUAAGGAAGAGACUUGGAUACGACUACGUAGCACCAUGGGAAUUCUUCUGUAGAAGAUAUGCGAACCCAGAGAUGACUAUUUGUAACACAGUACUUGAUGAUAUGUUUGAGCUAUAG